AGCACUCAGCAGUCAAACUGUUACACAAGACAAAUAGUUGUAUUUAAUUAUUUCAUUUCCGCGUUAAAAUCAUAAACAUUUAGACACAACACUGAGUCUUUAGAACUAUUUAACAAUUACGAUAAGCAUAUCAAUUUCUUAGGUAUUACGUAUAAUUGCAUUCUCAUAUGUCACACGCGCUGACAUGUUUAUUGUAUAAAUUGUUUUUAUGAUCGUGUUAACUUUUACGCAAAUUAAUUACUAUUGCUGUUAUAAAUAAAUAUAAUGUUCCCUUCUUUGAUAAGAGUGAUAUCUGCAAUUUUAUUUAUUAGUUGCCUUUUUUCUUCAACAAAUGGCUUGGAUAGAAAGAUAUCAGCUCAUUUAAAUCCAGGAUGUCAAGGUUGUUCAUCAAAUACUACAACUCUAGUGUAUAUACGUGGUGAAGGAAAGUCUGAUGUCUUACAUCAGAUUUGGGAUUUCACUAAGCACCUGCCCACUGUGUUGCUCUCUGUUGGAAGCUUAAAUACAUCAUUAAAUAUUCAGUGGGAUGAAAAUAAACCAAUAUAUUUUAAUUGGACUGAGAAGCCAUGGUAUACUUUUGCUGCCACUAUUGACAAAUUAUAUGAAUAUGACGACAUACAUGACACUGGGUACAUAAACCCUCAGUAUCCUCAAAGGGAAUACAGUCUUAACCGAAUUUCGUGGGAGCUUCAAGAGAGUAUAUUGACAAACAGUGAGGCUAUGGUCCAUGUGACUGGAAGAAUUCGUAACAGAAAUAAUGAUGCUGUUAUUAGUAUUAAGCUGGAUCUUCUACCAUUUAAAGAUUAUGCGGUGGAACUGCCCCACUUAAUACAUACAGCCAACUCAACACUUAUAGAUGUAAGCUUGGUUAACCUUACAUCGUCAUUCAAUGCCUCAAGAUACGCGCUCCACUUUGUCUUAGCUAGUACGGAUAAACCAACUGAUACAAUGCAUUAUAUAAUGCGCAAAAGUUUGGAUGAUGAACAUACACCUGGAGUCUUUGAGAUUAUAGAAAUAAAAACGCCAUCGCUCUAUGACACUGAGGAAGGUGGAUACCUACAGUUUCGUCCUGUGAGCUACACGUCGCCAAAACGCAAUGUUGCCAGUUCAACCAUUGCGCACGUAUCCCAAUUUAACAGAACGAUAAUGCCGCGCGACAGCACGCUAAGCUUAUUCUUCAAAGAGUCCCAACAGAUGAUUCUAGUACAAGACAUGUUUGUCUCGUUCGGUGAAAGCGGGGACGGAUAUUACAAGCAACAUAACUAUACUGCUUGGUCUUAUACAAUGGGCUAUGGCACACCUCCUGUAGACGGAUUUUCUUUCUUCGUAAUCCUCAUUAUCUCAAUCGGCCUUGGAGUACCAAUAGUGUUGGCCCUCUCUGGUGUUGCCUUUGUGCUGUUCCGGAGGUAUAGGCAGACCAACACUCGGACGAGAUUCACCAAUGAGGACUGACUGAAGUAUCAGUUCGUGGUGCUAGAUAUGGACGACGACGGUCUUUAGGUCGUGGUAAAAUGAUAUUAUUUAAUAGCCUAAUUUUAUGAAAUAUCUUCAUUUCCUAUAAUACUUAAUUUAUAUUGACUAUGAACAAAAUAACUAAAAAGUGACCAAAUAACCAAUUAUUGUAUCAAAAUUUAAGCUGGGUACUCUUUUAUGCUACAAACUUAUUACCAGUAAUAACUAUUUAGUUCUAAAGCUCGUUAUAAUCUAAUUUGCUUAUGUAUCUUGUCUGUACUGUAGAGUGCCUUCUAUAUUUGGAUACAUGUGGACAGCCAAUUAAAAAUCAUACAAUUCAUUAAAUAGUUUGUCAAAAUUUUAAAAUAGAUUUUUAUUUCUGGUAUUUAAUACGGUUAGUAGUUAGACUGUAUUAUGUAAUAGACUCGACGCAACGUAAUCUAUUGUUUCGAGUUAAAAAUACUACAGCACGAUAUGAAUAAGUUUGUGGUCUCGUUUAAAUAUUCCUAUAUAAAAAUAUAUGUAAUUUGUAUUAUUUUAAACCAAAUCCCUUAUAAUAAGUAGGAAGUAAAUUUGAUAAUUAGGUGUUAAGGUUAACGAUCCACCAAGAUCGGUUAUCAUAGGUAAUAGACGAUUUAAAAGUUAUGGAAAAAUAUUCAUAUUCGGAAUUAUUACAUUAGAUAUAAACCUUAAGUAUUUUUAACCUAUUGUGAUAUAAAAAAUCUCUAUUAUGAAAUCACAUGUUAAAUAAUGUAUAAUACUAUAUUUUCCUUAAUUUUUAAAACCUGGAUGACGACUACAGAUGUUUUAUCUUCAUAAAGAUCCAUAAACCACAGACAAAUACUGCAUGUAUGAAACAAAAUCUAUGUAAUACCUGUUUUAUCACAUAAAAUAAAAAAAAUAUUAUUAUAGGGCUUAAACGCUGUGAAUAUUUUUAAGCAUGAUUGGGAUAGUGAUUAUAUGAGUUAUUCGGUGUUCAUAUUGGUCUUACAUAUAAGAAAGCUGUAGAAGGAACGAAAUAUAUCAACGUCAACAUAAAAUGCUUAGUGAAACUAGACUGGCUCAAUCACUGUUAUAUAGAGUGCAAGCAAUUUAUUGAGUGCCCGGUAAAAUUUCUUAAUAGUAUAAAAAAGCUGGUCUAGAAACAUAUUCAUGUAAAUAAGCUUUGUGUUUAAAUAUUUGUACUAGGCAUAUUUUAGAUGAAUUUGUAAAUAAUUUAAUUUAAUUAUGUAUUUUAUUGAUUUUCGUAAAUAAAAUUGACUAUAGAUUA